AUGUCCACAUUUAGCGGAGACGAAGUUUCAGCUGUAGUAUUAGACGUGGGCUCUGCUUGGACUCGUGCGGGUUAUGCCGGAGAAGAUACCCCAAAACUUGUUUUUCCAACCUCCUAUGGCUACCUUCCGGAAGAGGAAACGACAACUACUGACGGGGACGCCGUCAUGACUGAAAGCAGCGACGCGACCGGGGAUGCCGAAAACCUCGAACCCUACUUUCCCAGAAGAAGAAAAAGGCCCAAAAAACAUAAGGGAUCGUAUAUAAUAGGAGAUGCAGCUGUAACAGCGUGGAGGCCUCACAUGCAAAUCAAGAAUCCUCUUGUUGACGGAAUGAUACAGGAUUGGGAUGCUCUGGAGGAGAUCUGGGAUCACAUUUUUUGGGAGGAUCAACUCGAUAUUGAUCCAAAGGAACAUCCGUUGUUCGUUACAGAGGCUGCUUGGAACUCCAGAGAAAAUCGCGAAACUCUCACCGAACUCGCGUUUGAAAAGUAUCAAACGUUGGCUUUUUAUGUAGCAAAGAAUCCAGUGCUCUCCGCAUUCGCGGCAGGUCGCCCAACCGCUAUUGUUGUCGACUGUGGAGCAAGCAGUACAAGCUGUGUUCCAGUUGUCGAUGGUUAUGUCCUCAAAAAAGGAAUUUUUAGACAACCGAUUGGUGGGGACUUUCUUUCGGAACAAAUAUUGCAGCAGUUCCAAUCAAGCGGAAUCGACGUGAUACCACAUUAUAUGAUUGCAAAAAAGUCUCUCGUAGACCCUGACAAGCCUUCCAACAAGGUACUACGUGACAGACCAAACACGACUGACAGUUAUCAUAAAUUCAUGCAAAUGAGAGUGAUACACGACUUUAAGGAAUCGGUAUGUCAAGUUUUUGAAACAUCUUACGACGAACUAGUGAUCUCUGCUCGCCCAAUGAAAACCUUUGAAUUCCCGGAUGGUUUCAAUACAUCGUUCGGUCCCCAAAGAUUUAACAUUCCGGAGAUCUUGUUCAGUCCACAGAGAUUCUUGACACAGCCUCCAGAAGGCAUUGACGCGACAUCGUUAUCGGGAAUACCCGAGAUGAUUUUUCAUAGCAUUAACGCUUGUGACAUUGAUGUACGGCCUCUUUUGUGGAAUAACAUUAUUUUAACCGGGGGAACUACUUUGCUACCUGGUUUUGCCGAUCGUAUAAAUAAUGAAUUGAGUAUGAUGAUGUCUGGGCAGAUGAAGAUCAAAAUCCACGCACCCGGAAACACCAUUGAACGUAAAUGUAGCAGUUGGCUAGGGGGGUCCAUUCUAGCUUCCUUGGGAACGUUUCAUCAACUAUGGAUUUCUCAAAAAGAGUAUAACGACUAUGGGAAAUCCAUUGUGGAAAAGAAAUGCGAAUGA